AUGUCGGAAGAAACCAUCCCGAUAGAUUACGUCAUGGAAGCCGCCUCUGGACCUCACUUCUCUGGCCUCCGGCUCGACGGACGUCUCUCCUCUCCGCCGUCUUCCUCAACUUCCUCUCCGGCUCAUCGUUAUCCUGUUUCCUCUUCCUUUGCGCAGGCCGAUGCCAACACUCCUAAGCAGCCCUUCGUCAUCGGUGUUUCUGGAGGUACUGCAUCUGGGAAGACGACAGUGUGUGACAUGAUCAUCCAGCAACUUCAUGAUCAUAGGGUAGUGCUGGUCAAUCAGGACUCGUUUUACCGCGGGUUGACAGCUGAGGAACUAGAACGUGUGCACGAGUAUAACUUUGAUCAUCCUGAUUCGUUUGACACCGAACAGCUUGUGGAUUGCAUCGAGAAGCUAAAGAGUGGGCAAUCGUACCAUGUCCCAAUUUAUGAUUUUAAAACUCAUCAACGCUGUGUAGAUAGCUUUCGGCAGGUAAAUGCAUCCAAUGUUAUCAUCUUGGAAGGUAUUUUGGUUUUCCAUGAUCAAAGAGUCCGCAAUCUGAUGAACAUGAAGAUAUUUGUUGACACAGAGCCUGAUGUGAGACUUGCUCGUAGAAUUAGACGCGAUACGGUAGAAAGGGGCAGGGACAUUAACUCUGUCCUUGAACAGUAUGCAAAGUUUGUAAAACCUGCUUUUGAUGAUUUUGUUCUGCCGUCAAAGAAGUAUGCCGAUGUGAUCAUACCACGUGGGGGUGAGAACCAUGUUGCAAUUGAUUUGAUUGUGCAACACAUCCAUACAAAAUUAGGCCAGCAUGACCUUUGCAAAAUAUACCCCAAUGUUACUGUCAUUCAGUCAACAUUUCAGAUAAGAGGUAUGCAUACAUUAAUUCGAGACCAGGACAUUUCAAAGCACGAUUUUGUGUUCUACUCAGAUAGACUUAUUCGUCUGGUUGUGGAGCAUGGCCUUGGCCAUUUGCCAUUUACUGAAAAACAAGUGGUCACCCCAACUGCAUCUGUAUACACUGGGGUUGAUUUCUGCAAAAAACUAUGUGGGGUAUCUAUCAUUCGAAGUGGUGAAAGCAUGGAAAAUGCAUUGCGAGCAUGUUGCAAAGGGAUAAAAAUUGGGAAGAUUCUGAUUCACCGCGAGGGAGAUAAUGGGAUGCAGCUGAUAUACCAGAAAUUACCCAAUGAUAUAUCAGAGCGACAUGUCCUACUCCUAGAUCCUGUUCUCGCUACUGGCAACUCAGCUAAUCAAGCAAUUGAUCUACUUAUACAGAAGGGAGUUCCAGAAUCGCACAUCAUAUUCCUCAACUUGAUCUCUGCCCCCGAGGGGAUUCACUGUGUUUGCAAACGAUUCCCAUCCUUGAAAAUUGUCACUUCUGAGAUCGAUGCUGGAUUGAACAAAGAAUAUCGUGUCAUACCCGGUAUGGGUGAGUUUGGUGAUCGUUACUUCGGAACUGAUGAUUAAUUAUACAGCUAGCUGGUUGAUAGGGAGCCUGGGUUGAUAAUAAGUUUGUUUAAGAGACAUACAAACAAAGACUAACUGUUCUUGAACCACCAAAGCUUCACUAUCUCCAUUAGUAAUGCCGUGUUGAUUUUUCCAUCUUGUCUCUGAUUCCUAGACCUUCCUCUCUAUUGAGCUUGUUUCAAGUUGCAUUGACAUAAUGUGCCUUUGAAGGACGGUUUGUUGUAUUAA